AUGUCCAUCACGGAUCACAGCCCCACCACCGGAGUGGUGACUGUCAUCGUUAUCCUGAUCGCCAUUGCGGCUCUGGGAGCCCUCAUUCUGGGCUGCUGGUGCUACCUGCGGCUGCAGAGGCUCAGCCAGUCUGAGGAUGAGGAAAGCAUUGUGGGUGAGGGAGAAACCAAAGAGCCCUUUCUACUGGUGCAGUACUCUGCUAAAGGACCCUGUGUGGAGAGGAAAGCUAAGCUAACUCCAAAUGGCCCGGAAGUACACAGCUAACUCAGAGCAGCACCUGCAGAUGGGCUCUGCUCAUGAUGUGCAACCAGCAGAAGCAUCUCCAUACUGUGAAGAACCUGGUCACGUGCACUCUUCAGAAAACACCCUGAUGAGAAUUAAAUAAGCUUUGUUUGCAACUGCAUGCACUGAGAAGUUGCACUUUGCAUCAGUGUAUCCACUUUGUAUCCAAAUUCCUCUAUGGAAGGAGCUGACUCACCUAGUGUAAUGUCCAUUGCUGGCAAUGGGCACAGGGAUAUACUGGUGUGAAGAGACUACUACUGUUUUUUGUUACUUGAAUGUUUUGCUGAGCCUAUUUUGAUGGAUCUGCUACUGCAAUGUGAACUACUUUACAACUGUGAACUGUAAAUAGGCUGCCAGAAACUUCUUGCUUUGUGUUCUGUAACAUAUGGGAAUAUGACACAACUGUGUGUAAUACACAGGGACUCCUGAGCCACUACCAUGGAUGGGACUCCAGAGCUCCAAAACCAGAUCUGCAGUUAAAGCUUGCUUCUGCUACUACACUGAGUGUGCAGCCAGAACUCCUCCUUUGAACAGUUUAUUGGACUGAUGCAGAGAAGUUCAUUUAAAAAGAAGGGAUAAACCUUCAGUAAUAUGCUGAAGGAGGAAACACAGGAGCAAGGAAGGAUAAGUUCCUUUAGCUGCAGCUAUGUUUAAGCUUUUGGCUGCUAGAACCGAGUUCUUAUGUAGCUACUGCAAGGAAACUGCCAUUUUGAUGGGUUCCAACCUGGGAACUUAUGAUGGAUACUGAACCCUCAGGGAAAGUCCAGAUGGUUUCCAGGUGUUUGAAAUGGCAGUAGAGCAGGCUUCUGUCUUCCACAGGUCUGUGUGCUGAAACUGCAUAAGUGGUUACUUAGCAAAACUGGCUUAAGUGCAAGUAGUAUGAAUUCUUCCUAGAACCCUGGUUUGUGUACUUAGGGUGUAUGUUAACAGCCUGUUACAAAAAGGUAUUUUGUAAUACAUACAGCCAGACAACUGUAGAAUUUCAGUUAAUGUAUCUUGUAUAUAACUUUUGAUGGAACUGUACUACAAGAGGAGAAGUUUCAGUCUUUUCUACUGUUGACAGGGGUGUAAGGGUUAUUGCUGGUCAGUUUGUAGAAGUUUUUAGAGAGCAAUGGCCAAGUCCUUCCAGAUAACACAUUUCCUGCCCUGUGCUGGAGAUCAGCUGUAGGACCGGUAAAAAGAUUUUAAAUGGGAAGGUCUGGACUGCAAAGGUUUGGGGAGAGGAGAAGGAACAACACUGAGCAGCCAAUGGCAGCUUAUGUAUUCUAAUUCUUUGUGUAGGCACACAUGCUUAGAGGUUACUGGCCUGUUUUCUAUUACUUUUUACAUGGCCUCCUUUGCUUAUUGAUGUUUUUAAACACUUAAUUGCCUAGCCUUAAUUCAGCUCCAGAGGAAGCAUUAGACUUGCUUCCUGUACUUACACUUAUGGAAUAACUUAAGGCCUAGCAAGCUUGCUUGAGAAUUUUAACAAUAUGCAAGACAAGAAUGGCCUAGAAAAACUGUCCCCUUCUUCUACACUAAGAUGUUGAAUUGCUUUGUUAGUGCUACAUUUGCCUUUUUAAAAUUGAAAGUUGUAAUGUGAAGCAAAAAAAUGCUGUUAGUAGUAAAAAGCUCCUGCUGUUGCCUCUUGAGUACAACAUUUUGGGUACAGCUGAUAAUGUUCUUACCCUGACACAUGCUUUUUAAAAUACCGCUCUCAAGAGACCUGCAUGUAUUGUCGGACCUGUACACUUAAAUAGCUGUAUUUGAGACCUCUUAAAAGCAAAGAAAAACAGGAUUAAUUCAGUAAGACUUCCUCGAGUUUUCAAUAGAGAACAGUUCACACAUGGCUCUUGUGGUAUCCAGUCAGAAUACCAGUAUACAAAAGUGAUACAAAGUGCUGAAGUUUGAGAACAGAACAGUUGUAACAAGAUGACUUUGUCCAUUCAAGUUUACUGAUUACACAAGUGAAGUAUCUAUUUUAAUUCAGCAAAGAGAAUGCAGUGUAAAGGGCAAAUUUCAGAAAUUAUGGAAAAGUAUAAAUCAAAGGUCUGAUUUCCCUUCUAGCAGCUUAAGAGAAAGCCAGUGAAAACUAACUGGUCCUUAGUCAGAGGUGCUGCAAACUGCUGCCCCUACAAACCAGUAUCUUUCAUUUAAAUGGGUAGGUGUUUGCAAGUUAGUGCAAUAGUAAAGUGCAGAAAGUGUUUUCCAUUCUCCUCUUCUCUUAAGAUGGGGGUAUCUAAUAAGUUGUUCAAGUAUACAAAAAUAUUCCAUUUGAUUUUUCUUUUUCUAGAUCAUGUGGGGGAAGUCUUUAUUUACAUUGAAUGUCAAUAAAAUUUGCAUAAAUACCUACCCAAUACGGCAUCACUUGACUUUGUGUAAGCAGUUAUUCUGUCCUAUUUCCACUACUGUGCUCUGUCUCUAUGGUAUCAAUAUUAUCAAUCCUUUUUUCCUCUAAAGCAGCAGUAGCUGUUGAAAGUGAUAUAUCAUUAUCUUCAGAAAGUGUUUGCUCAGAUUGAAGGGGUUCUUCAACUUCAUCUUUGCUCUGUAGCUUUCCUCCUCGUGAUGCCAACAGAAUUCUCAGUAAAGCAUUUUCUUUAAGGAGGUUUUCUGAUGCAUCAGCUAAUUCUUGAAGCUUUUCAGCCAUUUCUAACAAUUCUUGAUUCUUCUGGUCAUAUGUGGCCUGUAACUGCUCACUGUGGAGCUGCAGAGUUUUGUGCUGCUUUUCCAGUGUGUGUUUUUGCUGCUGUAGUCUCUGUUCCUCUCUCCUGGCUUCAGAAAGCUGUGCUUCAAGCUGGUCGUGGGCCUGAUGAAGGGCACUGAUUUCUGAUCUUAACUUCUGAAUUUCUCUCUCCAAGUGUGAGAUGUGUCCUUGCUGUAGAACUGACUCUUUAUGUAGGCAUUCUUUGGUACAGGGCUCUGACGAAGAAAGACUUGAGUGAUGUAAAAUAAAUUUCAGGAGAUUAGGAAGGUUAACGGAGAAGUCUUCAGGGAACUUCACACUUUGCUCCUUCCUAGAA